AUGAAGCUCCUCCUCCUUGCCCUCAUCGGCCUGGUAGCGCUUGUCGCUGCCUCGCCAGUCGAGACCACCGCCAUCACGGUCCCCAAGUACAAGAACAACGGUAUCCACUCUUACAAGUGUGAUAGCAACACGAACGUCCUCUCUUGUGUUUCUUCUGGCACCUGCUCUUUCGUCGAACACUGCUCGACCAAGUGCUUCGCGGACCACCAAGGCGCUGGCUGCAUUGGCUCCUCAACCGUUGCUAUCGAGGCAUCCGAGAAGCGCGACACCGAGACCGAGGUCAACGCCGAGGCAAAGAAGACUUACGAGUGCUCGAAUGACCACACUGGUGUCUUGGUCUGCCAGUAUGGCUUCUGCCAGACCGAUCGCUACUGCAAGAAGGGUACCAAGUGCCAUGACAAGUGUUCUUGCUGUAGGAACAUGGACGUCCUUGAGCGAGACAUCGGUGACGUGGACACAACCAAGGUUAGUUUACAGUCUGAGGACAUUUUUAUUUCACUUCCUUCCAUCACUUCUUCCCCCAUCGUUCCAGCCACCACGUAUGGCUCUUGUAAGCAGACUCAAGCGGGAGUUCAAUCUUGUCGAGAGAACAACUCCAUGAUUGUGGUCUGCGACAUUGCCGAUUACAUGUGGAGAGUUUUGUGGAUUGCACAGCCCGAAUCCGACGACGACUUCCAUGCCCUGCCAGUCACCACGUCCGAUACGCUGGUCUCGCGUGGCAACUGUGUACCUGGCACCUAUUCCUGCGCGCAGAAUAGUCCCUGGAUCGUGGUCUGCGAUUAUAAGGGUACCUACCAGUACUCAUCCGAUUGUGGCGAAACAGAUUGCAUCACGGACAACGUCGUCGCUCAUUGCUGGAACCCGGGCGAGGAGUGGAAGACCUAUGCCAACUUGGCCUCGCGUGUCGACCACCCGCCCCAGGACGGUCCAUGUGUGCCUGGCACGUAUGGCUGCGUGCUAAACCCUUCCACCAAUACCCCCUGGGUCACCGUCUGCGGCUGGAACCAAAAGUUGCAGUACUCCUCUGAUUGCGGUGAUCAGAACUGUCUCGCGAGGGAGGACGGUGCGGCUCAUUGCUGGAACAAAGGCGAUCAGUGGAACGCAAACCCUGCCUCGGUCUCUCGCCGCGAUGAACCAGAGCGAGUCUUACCAGACCUGACUCUGUCUGGCAACUGUUCACCUGGAUCCUACGCUUGCGGCUGGCGCAACGGCACGCAGACCAGCUGGGUCAUCACUUGUGACCAGUCUGGAAACUGGGUGUGGUCAUCCGACUGCGGCCGUGGUAUGGAAUGCGACUACGCCAAUGGUGACGCGCAUUGUGUUCCCCCAAAGUCCACCAUUGGAGCCCGUGAGGAACUGUCCGAAGUUCCAGCAGACUUGGCUCCAACAGCAUCUUGCCGUCCUGGUGAGUUCGGCUGCGCCUGGAGCAAAGACACGGUGACGGAUUGGACCAUUGUUUGCGAUCAGUCCGGAAAACAUUGGUUGUGGUCCUCUGACUGUGGUCAAGGCAUGAAGUGCGAAUGGGGUGGUGGCGUUGCACACUGCGUGCUUAACAAGGUUCUCUUCGAAGCUUGA